ACAAGUUUUUGAAAAGAUUCUAUUUAUAUUAGAAUAUAUCAAAUAUUUAUAAACACUUGCAUUAUUAAGGAAUAUUAUUGAUGCGCCAUUAGUUAAAUAAUCUAGUAAAAAAGAUUGAGGCAUAAUGACUCAAAAACUACAUAACAUAUUGGAUGGAAAUUUAACCAUUUGAUGUGCUAUUUUUCAUUGAUGGUUGUACUCACUCUUUAGCUCAAGAGGCUCUUUACCAUUUUUUCUUGAUUUCUUUUUGUAUACAUUUACAUUCAGACUAUAAGAUUGAGCCACAGUCAAGUUAGGAUUAGUAUUAGUGGUAUUAUAGCACAUUAAAUAAAUAUUGUAGUACCUAUUUCUUGGGCAAGUUUCAUGUGUGUUAACUUAUACUAUUUUCAACAUGGAUACAGAACUGACAUCAAAAAAAUUUAAGGUACUUGGUGUAAACAGGACAAAAACAUAUACUAAUAACAUGGUAUAACAUCAAAGAUAUCCUAAAUGCAUACAAUUAACCUUAGAUUAAGGAUUGGUUUCUGCUGCCCUUCAACUAAAUACCACAGGUGUAGUCACUAAGUGUGGCAACUAAUACUACGCCCCAGUUACCUGCUGUAACUACAGUUGCCUACCAUAUUUGAGCCAGUCUCAAACAAUGUGUGAUGUUGAAGUGCCACAGGUUCUGUUAAACUUUGCUAAUAAUUGAAACUAAAAUUGCAUAGUAAAACUUUGUAAAAAUAAUACUACAAGAAAAAUAGAAAUACACUGGGAUCACAUAUUAUCAGUAAGUAUUUUGUAUUUUAUUAAUUUCAAUAUAAAAUAACAUGAAGUGUAUGUUACAAAACUUGAAAGAUGCCACACAAAUUUACACAAACCGUAAUAAAAAAGCUAUUGUCCUUAGGCAGUGUGCUAUCUAAUUGUAGCCCAGCGGAGACCAAUCCUUAAUCUAAGCAUUUAACAUUAUAGAUGAUUAUAAACCAUUUCAUGUUACAUGGAAACUUGUCAAUUACUUUACAUUGCUUUCCAAUGUGCAAUCACAGUUGCUACUCGCUAUAAGCCAUCAGUGUCUUAAAGGUACAAAGAUUACAUACCAUUGUUUAUUAUGAUAAAGCAAAUUCAAAAUUUGUUUAAGUAACAUUUAUCUAUCAUUAUCAAUAAUAUGACACAUUGUUCUCUCUUCUGUUUACAAUAACAUGUAUUUAAUCUAGUACUAACAUUUAAUAUAUCAUUGAGUAUUAAGAUAUGUUGUUUGACUUGAUUGGGCUGUCGUGUAGUGCUCAUUUUGCUCAGAUAUUUAAUAUUAUUUGUUACUACAAUAAUAGAUUAACUAAAGUUUAUUGAAGUAGGCGUUACAUUGCGGAAAUCCAUAAUUAUACAAAUGAUUUGAGUUUUCUUUACGCAUGUUUCGCCUCUACACGAGGCAUACUCAGGAUAUAUUGUCUCGGCAAAAUCAGUCAGACUGAUUCAGACUUGGCGAGACAACACAUCCUGAGGAUGCCUUGCGUAGAGGCGAAACAUGUGUCGAAUUGUUUAAAGACAAAUAUUGGCGGAAUUAACACUAAAGAAAACUCAAAUCAUCUGUAUAGAUUAACUAUCCUAAGAAGUUGUGAUUCUUUUGUCUUUGAACUUGAAGAAGUAGAAAAGUGAUUUCCAGAAAGUUUACAGUGUCCGAAAAUGUCAUGAUAAUUUUUAUAUAGGAGAUAACUAAGUGUGGUCAUGAUGCAUAUGUGGAUGUGGUUUGGCUACGAUGUUGGGGAUCUCCUCUUCUGCGGUCUCAAGAUUGACACAAGGUGGGCAUUCGCCCUGGCCUGGAUUGCACUGUUUUUUAUUGCUGUGCUAUUUGAGGCUUCAAAGGUAUAUUUGGCAAGAGUCCAGCGGGAAGCCCAUUUAAAGUUGUACCCAUUACGGUCUGACGAAAGACGAAAUCUGCUGUGUGAACGUGAACAGACUAAUGCAAUGGAGCCUACGACCAGCAGGAAUACUAGCUCGGCGCCGGGCAAUCCUUGGUCGACCUUUAAGCUGAGGACGAUGGUAAACGCUCAUCAGACGCUGGUGUUUGUGGCUCACAACGUCGUGGGCUAUCUGCUGAUGCUGGUCGUCAUGGUCUACAACGUGCAUCUCAUACUGGCGGUCGUGUUUGGCAUGAUGCUGGGCUACUUCCUGUUUGGGACUAAGCUCACGAUCAUUCAGAUGCAAUGCUUCGGCAGGAAGAAAGUGGUGAUAUGCACCCCAGAAUGUGACGAUACAGGUACAGCUGAGACUUCAACACCGCCUCUUCUGAACACAUCACAGAACAUUGAGUCGGACAUCUACGUCUGUGAGACGCGAACCUGCAUCCAACCGUCGCAUUACUUCCCGAGCACGUCGCGGACGGGAGACCUCGCCACGUGUUACUACGGCGCUAAGAAGUGUCCGUCCAAGGUUGCUAGAGCGACGAAGGUCCAGACGGCGCAGUGUCACAGAGCGAGCGAGAAGGAAGACGGCCCGAGCGAUAACGCGCAACUACUCAGUCAAGAUAGAGAAGGUUGUUGCAAGCAGCCGCGGCCACCUGCCGACGACUGCUGCAGCGCAGGUGACGAGGUGGCGGCGAGCGACGGCGACAGCUCAGUGAGCGUGACCCGCGAGGACAGUCCGCAGGUGACGUGCUGCCACAACGCCAAGUCUGCGAGCGACAGUCAGGAGCAGAUCGUAACGUGAUGACGGCGAGCUCUGUCUGAGAUGGUUUAUAAGACUGUGGUGUAUAUCGGGGUUAUUGGAGAAUCGCAGAAAUUGACGAAUACGUUUUAAAAGUGAUUUUUUAUAACCGUCGAUGUUGCGUCUUCUUUUUUAUGUGAUGGUAUGCGUUAACCAAAUCAUGUUAUAAAGGAUUUAUUAAAAAAUUUACAAAUUAUCCGCCAUUAAGUAUGUUUUUUUUUGCUCAAAUUGGCUGCAUUCGAUGCAUGAAAUAAUUAUGUUAUGAGUUUGAUAUUUGAAUGUGAAACACCUUUUAUGUUACUACAGUAUAUUUCUAAUUAUAAUAUUAGACUGACCUGACAGUAUGUGUAGUAUGAAUUGAUAGAGGCAGACGUAGCGCUCAAAUUAAAAUCUGCUUAGAAAUUAUCUACAAAUGUCCAAAUAAAUUGUAAUUUAUGUAUAGGUACCCAUUUGUAAUGUUUGUCAUAAUUAGCAAUGCUCGUAAACAAAUUAAUAUGUAUGUUACCAUAUUAUGAGGGUUUUGUUAAGAUUUUGUUUGUAUUUCCCCUUUGAAUUCUGAAUGUAGGUAUGUGAAGGGCUACAAUGUGUAGAAAUGGCUUGUAUACUAUUCAAUGAUCUAAGACUUGAUCUUCAAAUUAAAAUAAGUAUUUCUAUUACAUAUCAAUUUCACCAGUGUCAGUGAUUAUUUAUUGUCGCAACAUCAAACGACACUCAACUCUAUUCCUUAGUCGCUACAGCUAGUCCAUUUUAAUGUUUUGUACAUCACUACAUAUUUUUCUUUCCAGUGAGACAGAAAAAGGGACAUUGCAGUUUGUCCUAUAUAGACUGGUAUAUGUUCGAUAAUAAGAUAUUCGACAGCGACGAUUUUCAGUGUUCAAAUGACUUGCGUUGUUAGAAUGAGGUGUACUAAAGUGAACGACGGUUGCAUUGCAUACAUGUUUAUGCAUAGUUAUAGUAGUAUAAUAAUAGUGAAUAUUUUAAUGUGAACACUUCAUAAGCGCAUUAUUAGCUUGCUCGGGUAGUCGGUUUGAGUCGAGCGCGAUUAGUCAGAUUAGAUUUACACCAAAUGUUGAUUUGAAGUCAUCAUAAUUAUAAAAUUAUGUCAACACUCUUUUUUAAAUACAUUAUUAAAAUAUGAAAGAAAAUCUGAUCUAUUCAAAUAUUUGUAUAGCGGCAUCAUUGGUAUUUUCUAUUCAAGUGAUUGAUUGUUGUUUUGAACUAUGACGUCAUAGAACAUGCACGCACUGACCAUGCCAAAAUCGCUCGCGGUUCUGCUAUUAUUGAAACAUAAGCUGUUUACCUUCAAUCUAUUUAUAACUUUUAAUAGUUUGAGAUAUAUUUCCCGCGUUAUAUUAUUUAUAAUAGGAUACUUUUUUAUUAUAAAAAGCUUGCUAACUACGAAUUUAAAAUAAUAUUAAUAAAACGACAUUACAUAUCAUGAAAAAAAACGAAAUUAUCAAUACUUUUACCUAUUUUGUUUACUUCGAGCUUGCCAUUUUUUACGCCACGAGUUGGUUUUGUUAAUAGUAUUAAUACGGUCUUACUAACAAUAUGGCGCUCAAUGUUUAGAUAAUUAUGUUAAUAAAAAACUACCAACAUAUUUGAGUAGGUACUAGUUUAUAUAGAUUUUAUACAGGAAUAUUUAUUUAGUUUUAAUUGUUUAGGGUAAAUAUUGAUAGCGUAUGCAUAUUAACAAUAAAUUGACGUAAAAAUUAAGGCUGAUGUAUAGCUGUUAUGGUGUUCCGACUGUUAAAAUAUUUCGAAGCAACUGUAAACAUAAGCAUUAUUAAUAUUAUUUUUAUUAACUGCCUUAAAUUACGUAAUGUUGCAUGACGUAACAGAUUGAAACACAUUAAUUAAAUAAAGUAUUCUGUAUCAUACUUUUACUAGAAAAUUAGGAGAUAUUUCAUUCAGUAUCUUGGAUUUAUCUUAUGAUUAUUUUGUGAAGUCGCCUUCGUCUUGAUUUCCAUGAAGUUUGUAACCUUGUUAUUGUUGUAUAUUUGCUGUCUGUUAGAAGAAAUGUAUAAAAUUGUUAUCACAGGUAUGAAUAUUUGUGAACCAAAUUAUUUUAUGUGCCAAAAAAAGAAAAAUAUAGAUAGUGCAAUAAAUAUUUUAUAUAGAUAA